AUGAACGGUGAUAAAAGAAACUGUAUAAUUAGUGAUGACAAUAAUGAUCAGAGUGUGAUAUUAUCACCAACAUUAUCGUCCACCUCAUCCACCUCCAGUAAUGGUCAGCAACGACAACCACAACAGCUAUUGUUACAUUGUCAAAGCCAAGCAACUGAAGAUAAAAAUAAAUGGAGCAAUGAUGAAAUCAUUAAAUCAUCCUUACCAUCAAUGAAAGCUGAAGAGAGCGCAACCGUUGUUCGAAUGAGGAAUAGACCGCUUUCUCAAAUUCAACAACAGGGAACAACAAAUGGUGCUAUACCAGAAACGAAUGAAAACAAUAAAAAUAGUUCGCUUGCUGUGCUACAACGUGGUCUGGAAGUGCUUAACGAAGUUACACCCGAAGAUGAUGGGAAUGAAGAGAUCCGAAGAUUGGAUUCACAAUUGGAUCAUUUGAAUCAUUACAUGGAUAAAGUUGAGGAAAGGAUCAAAAUACACAAUGAAAAACUGAUGAAUACUUUGAAACAUCAAAGAGAACAACGCGAGAAAAGACGUCGUUCUUUUCAUGAACGUAUUGCAUUGAACCAGCAGGAAGAUGAUGAUUUUCAACGACAAAUUUCAACACUCCUAAGUCGUGUUGACAUAUCGAAGAAUCGCGCAUCAAUGUACGAUAUUAUCAGCCAGAUGGAAAUUCCAAAGUCUAACGGACAGUAA